AUGGGGAGUAUGACAGAAGGAGACGGAAUCUUACCGUUUAGAAUAUUGGAGUCGUCUUCAGAUGAAUGGAGUCCAUCGGACGCUGUGAUUUUCUUUGGGUUAAGUUUGGUGCUCGGGAUUGCGUGCAGGCAUGUCUUGCGGGGUACCCGAGUCCCUUACACUGUUGCUUUACUCGUCAUCGGCAUUGGUCUUGGAUCCUUGGGCAUUGGUAUUGCUUUUGGAAUUGCAUCUGUUUUGUGGCUUGGGUUUAUCUUCAAUGACACAGUGAUAGAGAUUGCGCUGACACUAGCUGUGAGCUACAUUGCUUUCUUCACUCAACUUGGAGAAAUGGUAUCUCUUGACGUUACACUGGACAGGUUCUAUGCUGCAGUAGCCAGGACUGCUUUCAAGGGUGAUGGCCAACAGAGCUUACAUCAUUUUUGGUAUGCCUAG